GUCCUCGGGAAGUAACCCGGCCGGUGAUUGGCCAAACCGAGUCACGUGUCUAUUUCCCAAGCGGAGUUUCCACGACAGCUGGAAGCCGAGCGGCGCGGCGCAUCGCUUCUUUCCUGAAAUAAUAGACAAAAACCGGACUCCUGCUUGUCUCAGCUUCUCCCGAUAAACCCUGCUCUGGCAUGGGCGACAAGAGGAGCCCCACAAGGCCGAAGCGUCAACUGAAGCCUUCCUCCGACGAGGGGUUUUGGGACUGCAGCGUGUGCACAUACAAGAACACGGCGGAGGCUUUUAAGUGCAUGAUGUGUGAUGUCAGAAAGGGAACAUCAACAAGGAAGCCUCGUCCCGUCUCCCAACUCGUCUCCCAGCAGCAGGUAACGCAGCAGUUUGUGUUGCCGUCCCAGCCCAAAAAAGAGAAGAAGGAAAGGGUCGAGAAGGAGAAGAGUGACAAAGAGCCGGCACUCAAGAAAAACAGUCAUAAGAAGAUGAGGCCCCGAUUAAAAAACAUCGACAGGAGCAGCGCCCAGCACCUGGAGGUGACGGUUGGAGACCUGACGGUCAUCAUAACGGACUUUAAGGAGAAGGCCAAGCCGUCUGCCACCUCGGCCACUUCCUCCGGUUCCGCCUCGUCGGCCGAUCACCACAGCCAGAACGGCUCCAGCUCGGAAACCACAGAGAGGGGCCUCUCCCGCUCGUCGUCGCCUCGAGGAGAAGGAGGCUCGGUCAACGGGGAGUCCCACUGAGUCGGAAACGCAUCCCCCCGGAUCCCCCACAUGUUCCUCAUCUUUCUGCAGUUCCACAUGUUUUUUUUUUUUUUGUUCCUAACUCUUACCUCAGGUGGACCUUGUUUUCAUCUGACCCGGCGUGUUAAGUCUGCUGAAGGAUUCUCCUCACAGGUGGAAGUCCGUAAUUCUGGAGCCUCACAAAACGCCUUUUUUUUUAGGCAAACGAAAUAUUUUGUGAAAUCGAAAAAGGAUGCCAGUCCCAUGUAGAGCCGCCAGAACCUUUACUUGUAGACCGUUACAUCCUAAUGUGAGGCUUCCUCAGAACUGACGUAUGGAUAAGUCUAGAAGGUUUGGACACACUUUGGACAGAGCUGGAUCCUCCUCUGGAAAUGUGGCAACGGGCCAUCAGAGUGACCAUUCUUCUUCUGUUUUCUGGCUGGAAACUUUAUUCAUCUAAUGAACAAAAACAAUGUGUUUUUAUAAAGAUGUCUCUACACUGACACCAAACCCUCACUCUUUCGUAAUCUUGAUACUCAAUGCUUUUCCUUCUGGAUUGCCUCUGGUGUCGGAUGACUUUUCCGUAGAGCGUGUGCUCCUUGCUCUGUGUGAAGCAUUUACAUGUAAUCUGAAACAGGUUUGAUCAUGAAGAAGUGAUUGUAAUUUGAAUAUUUAGAUACCAGUUAGAAUGAUGUAGAGAUUUGAAAGUUAAAACUGAAGGUUUGGAGUGUUCCUGUUUUCCAGAUCUCCUAUAAGAAACUUGAUUCAUAUUAAAAAACGGUUAUUAUUCUGACUGUCACGUAGACCAUAUUGACACCACUGUUUUUUUUUUUAGCUAAUUUACCGCAUUUUCCACACUAUAAGGCCACUAUCUAAGAAUUGCCUAUUUGUGAACUUUUGUCAUAAAUAUGACCCAUCAAACUAUAAGGCCAUUAAGCAGGAAAAACUUCAGUCAAACUUUAUGUACUGCAUUGACAGUAAUUCUACAACUUGUUUGUACCAUGCUACAUGUUAGCCACGGUAUAGUAUUUCCAAUACGUGUAACACCCAACAUUGUUUGUAACACAAAAUAAAACAAAUUAAUGCCUGAAAAACCAAACAUUACUGUGACACUAACUACGCUAACUCGCAACCUUGUUAGCAACAAAACAGUCUGACAGUGCUACACGUUAGCCGUGUUAGCGUAUUUACAACAACCCUCAAUAUUUUUAGUAACGCGUAAAAAAAAAAAAAAACAGACACAGCUACACUUUAGCCGUGUUAGCGUAUUUAUAACAACCCCCAAUAUUGUUAGUAACGUUUAAAAAACAGUUCGACACUGCUACACGUUAGCCGUGUUAGCAUAACGACCCCCAACCUUUUUAGCAUCGCUUAAAAAACGGACACUGCUACACGUUAGCCGUGUUAGCGUAUUUACAACAACUCUCAAUAUUUUUAGUAACGCGUAAAAAAAAAAGACACUGCUACACGUUAGCCGUGUUAGCAAAAUGACAAUAACUCCCAACCUUUGUUGCAUCGCUCAAAAAACAGACACUGCUACACGUUAGCCGUGUUAGCGUAUUUAUAGCAACCCCCAAUAUUGUUAGUAAUGCGUAAAAAAACAGUUUGACACUGCUACACGUUAGCCAUGUUGGUGUAUUCAUAACUCCCAACCUUGCUAGUAACGAGUAAUUACACAGUUCAACACUGCUACACUUUAGCCGUGUUAGCGUAUUUACAACAACCCUACCCUUGUUAGUUCCAUGUACCAAAAAACAGUCUGAACCUGCUACAUAUUAGCUCUGUUAGCAUAUCCCCAACCUUUUUAAUAUCAAGUAAAAAAAACGAUCCAACACUGCUAAGUGUUGGCAUCUUUACAACAACCCCGAACCUUGUUAGUAAUAAAAAAAAAAACAAUCCGACACUGCUACUUGUUAGCCGAAUUAUCGUAGAUACAACAACCCCCAACCUUGCUACAUGUUAGCCAUGUUGGCAUAUUUACAACCACCCCUAACCUUGUUUGUAACUUUUAAAAGUAACAUUUUGUUAGAGCGCCAUUUACCUCUCAAAAUCACUUUGACAUCAGUAAACACAACUAGAAGUAACUCAUGUAAAAGUCGUUCUGGAUUAUAAGAGGCACUGUCGUUUUUUGCAAAGAAUGAAGGUUUUUAAGUGCGCCUUAUGGUGUGGAAAAUACAGUAGUCUAUUGUAGUUUGACAAAAAAGUUGCCCUGAAUGAUAUGUCCUUCUGAAAUUGAAGCACUGGUCUUGGUUGACUUAAAAAAAAAAAGAAGAAGAAAAGGAGUCAUCACACUACAAAAACCUUAGAUUUCUUUGGCGUUCACCUGUUCCCCUUAAUGCUACAGCAGUUAGCAUAGUUCAACUCAGUUCUUUCAACAGGAUGCGCAAAAAGAAAAAAACUAGUCAAAUUUUGAGGUAAUAGAAUGUUUAAAGAUCUUGAUGCGUUGUGUCCGAAUUCCCUCACUACUUAAUGUCCAGUUCCCUAAAAAUAUACCAGAAGUUUCUAGUGUGGAUCAACGGUCACUAGAUUGGCAAAUAUAGACCACAAUCCAUUGCGUUUCAACAAUUUCUCAUCGAUAAAUACAUUUUUUUUUUCCAAAUCAGCUUUAUUCAGCUUUAUCUAUUGAGAUUUAUAAAUAUUCUUUGUAAAAAUUUCAAAAAAGGUUUUUCUUCGGAAAAUUGGUGAUGUCAUAUUUGUCAAUAAAAGAAAAUAGUGAGCAUUGUGUCCAAAUUACGAGAUCGAUCGACACAAUACAGUCUUAGGGGUUGGGGCAGGGGUGGGCAGACUUUUCGAUUUGUGGGGCACAAAAAGUUCUAAAAUUUGAUUGAAGCGCUAGACCAGGAGCAGAUACGUGGAAUGUUUUGGGAAUCCGCCUUAAAGAAAUAACAUGCAAUCUUCAUGUGUCUCUGAUAUUGUUCAGGGGGCCGGACCAGACGUGGACGUGCCCACCCCUCUGCGUUAGGGAGUAAUUGAGGAAUUCGGACAUAGCCUGAGUCUCAUGUCAUGUUUAAACUGUUGUAUCCUGUUUACAUAUGAUGAUUAGACCUACACCAUGUUUGCCACUCAAAACAUCUUAAUAUAAAUGUUCAAAUAUAAAACUUCUUUCAUUUCUGCUUUUAGUUGAUGUGCUUUUAAUUUUACGACCUUAUAAGGUCAUCACCUUCCUUUUCGAAGACACUUGGACUUGGUCAGCGAAAGAAGGAAGACUGACUCGACGGAACUGCAUUCGUUUGACGUCUCGGUGGAAAAGCACAGGAGACAGAUCCUGCCUCAUAUCCCCCCAAACUGCCCCCUUUUUUUGGAUACCAAAUGGGGAGAAAAAAACAGACUUCUUGGAUGAACUUUUUCCAACCAUAGGGGGGAAUUUUGAGUUGGACUGGUAAAGCAGAGAUUUAGAGGAUAUUUAACUCUCAAAGAACAACACAGUACACAGUAACUUAUAAAACCUGUAGAAUAAAUACAAAGAUGACACAUAUUUCUAAAUAUUGUACUACAACUUUUUUUGUUUUUUUGAUGUGGUGUUAUUACCUAUCAUUUCAGUGUUGUUGAGAUUUUUACCAAAUAAUUUAGCACACAUCCUGAGAACUGUCAUGGCAUGAUGAUAUUAAAGUCUUGAGUAUAUAUUGUGGGACAGGCUGUGUUUAUUAGUUAGUAUUGUUAAAUGUGGUUCCUUGUUUAUUGUGUUUUAUGUCACGUUCACUACUCUAGCUGGGACUAGGUGUGUGAACUGGAGAAAGGACUGUUUGAGCAAAAAGGAAAAGUUACCUAAGAUGAUAAAUUGUCACUUUUUAGUUUAGUUUUCCACUGAUUUUUUUUUUUGAACAUGUGUGAACUUGUCUGUUUUUUAAAAAAGUUGCAAACUAGAAGAGUUUUGUCAAUUAUUAUUGUGUAUUGAGUUUAUUUUGCCUUUUUUUUGCAGCUUUUGACUUCUUUACAUUGUGUUUGGAUCAUAAAUAAUUGUGCCUAUUUUUCUCAUUAGCAUACAAUUAAAGUUAUGGUUAAAAUUAAA